AUGUAUUUGAUCGUCCACUGGCGUGGCAUCAUUACACUAUUAGUCCCCCUGAUAGCCAUUGGUAUUCUAGUACCAUUUCCACCUGAGAAAUGGCAAUGGACUGCAUAUUGUCUUCUUGUAAUGGCGAUUUACUGGGUCACUGAAUGCAUUCCAUUACCAGUGACGGCAUUUUUACCAGUGAUAGUAUUUCCCUUCACUGGAGUAAUGACUACAGCUGCCGUAUGCAAGUGUUACGUUAGUGAUGCAGUGAUAAUGUUUAUUGGAAGUCUUAUGUUAGCAGCCUCGGUUGAGCAGUCCGGACUUCAUAGGCGUAUGGCUUUUGUUGCAAUCCGAUCAGUUGGAUAUUCACAUCGAAAGUUGUUGGUAGCGAUGACCAUAGUAACAUCAUUUUGUUCAAUGUGGAUUACAAAUACAGCCGCCACAACAAUGAUGAUGCCCAUUAUAUUUGCAGUAUUAAAAGUAUUUGAAGAUCAAAAACUCCUUAACGUAUAUGACACAGAUCAGAGCGGUUCUAAAGUUGCCUCUGAUAUAGCUUCGUGUUAUUUCUGUACUGCAACAUUUGCGGCUACAAUUGGGGGCGUUGGAACUCUUAUAGGAACAGGAACAAACCUAGUUUUUAAGGGUCUAUUUGUCACAGAAUAUCCCACUGCUCCUGAUUACUUAUCAUUUCCCUUGUUUUCCGCUUUUGGUAUUCCAUACAUGAUAGCUUUAGAUAUAUUUAUGAUUCUAUAUAUCUUAAUACUUUAUACUGGUUUAUUCAGGCCAAACAGUUCAGCUGCCAAGAAAACGAAAAUACCAGAUGUCGCUUUAAAAGCCGCUGAAGACGCUGUUGCGCGUGAAUAUGCUGCUUUGGGAAAAACGACUUUUUGGGAAAAAGUAUCUUUCUUCAUAGCAAGAGAAGUGAAUCAUAAUCCCUUAAUGUACUGCAUUGCAUCUGGUUUUGCUGCUUCUCAUUGUUUUUUGUUGCCUGUGGGUACACCUGGUAAUCUUAUAGUGCAAAGUGCUGCAAAAGUUCCAACAGCAAAGAUGGCAAAAGCUGGACUUGGACCAACCGUGACAACUAUCAUUAUAACAUGGCUUUUUGUAUAUUUUUAUGCUCCUCUUGUGUGGCCAAUUCUGAAAAAUCCAAAACCAGAUUGGAUUGCAUAA